GCAUUUUGCAGAAGCGAGAAAACGACAGAAAACGGAUAAGCAAAACGGCGGCACAUUGUCACCCACCACCGCCUCUUCAGUCUUCAAGCCUCUCUGCUUUCUCUUAUGUGAUACCUGUUCUUCCUUUUGAUAGCUUUUAUUCAACUUAAAAAAAAAGAAGGAAACACGCUCUGGGAAGUGAAGUUAUGGAUAUGGUGGUACCUUUAAAGCAAACCCCUGAUGGGUUUUGCUCAUUUCACAGAGUUCAUAGGAACAGUACAAGAAAGAGUGGUACUUUUUGGGGUAGGGUUAGUGAUAAGGUUGGUCCCGCCACACCCAGUUCUGUGAGGGUCUUUGUGGGCUGCAGAACUCGGUUUCUUGUUCUGUCUGAUAGCAUUCAAUGUAGAAUACAUGAUGGUUACCAGAAACAUAGGCGAAAGCCUGUACUUGUUGCAUCGAAGGUUGAAACGCUUAGUUCCAAUGGUAGGUUGCAAAAUGUUGAAAAUACCCCACAUGGGAGUUUGAAUAAAAUGGAUUCUUCGAAUGGUUUUGAGGAAUUUGAGAGUAACAAUCAGCUCCGUAGACUGGUUAGAAAUGGGGAAUUGGAAGAGGGAUUUAAGUUUCUUGAGACCAUGGUUUAUCGUGGCGAUGUUCCGGAUAAUAUUGCGUGCACGAGUUUAAUCCGUGGGUUUUGUAAGAGUGGAAAGACAAGGAAGGCGACACGGAUUAUGAACAUUCUAGAAGAGUCCGGGGCUAUUCUUGAUGUUAUAACUUACAACGUUUUGAUUAGUGGGUACUGCAAAGCUGGUGAGAUUGAUAAUGCUUUAAGGGUUUUAGACCGCAUGAGUGUUUCUCCAGAUGUUGUCACUUAUAAUACAAUCCUGCGUACUUUGUGUGAUAGUGGGAAAUUGACACAAGCGAUGGAAGUUCUUGAUCGGCAGUUGCAAAGGGAGUGUUAUCCGGAUGUCAUUACAUAUACCAUACUGAUUGAAGCAACUUGUAAGGAAUAUGGGGUUGAGCAGGCUAUGAAGCUUUUGGAUGAAAUGAGGAGCAAAGGAUGCAAGCCUGAUGUGGUAACUUAUAAUGUUCUUAUCAAUGGUAUUUGCAAGGAAGGGAGGUUGGAUGAAGCAAUCAGAUUCUUGAAUGAAAUGCCAUCAUCUGAUUGCCAACCAAAUGUCAUUACCCACAAUAUUAUUUUGCGUAGCAUGUGUAGUACUGGGAGGUGGAUGGAUGCUGAGAAACUAUUAGCUGACAUGGUUCUCAGAGGCUGCUCUCCUAGUGUUGUUACUUUCAAUAUUUUGAUUAACUUCUUGUGCCGGAAGGGUUUAUUGGGUCGAGCAAUUGACAUUUUGGAGAAGAUGCCUAAGCACGGUUGUACUCCAAAUUCCUUGAGUUACAACCCAUUGCUUCAUGGAUUUUGCAAGGAAAAGAAGAUGGAUAGGGCAAUUGAGUAUUUGGAUAUAAUGGUUUCUCGGGGCUGUUAUCCCGACAUUGUGACCUACAAUACUUUGCUCACAGCCUUGUGCAAAGAUGGAAAGGUUGAUAACGCGGUUGGGAUACUCAAUCAACUAAGUAGCAAGGGUUGCUCUCCUGUUCUAAUCACGUACAAUACAGUAAUUGAUGGGCUCUCAAAGGUGGGAAAAACAAAACGUGCCAUAGAGCUUUUGGAUGAGAUGCGCAAAAAGGGUCUAAAGCCUGACAUAAUUACUUAUUCUUCUCUUGUGGGAGGGCUUAGUAGAGAAGGAAAGGUUGAUGAAGCAAUUAAGUUUGUCCAUGAUUUGGAAGAUUCGGGUAUCAAGCCCAAUGCAAUUACUUUCAACUCCGUCAUGUUGGGGCUUUGCAAGGCUAAGCAAACUGGUCGUGCAAUCGAUUUCUUGGCUUAUAUGGUAUCAAAAGGAUGUAAACCUACUGAAGCAACAUACACCAUUCUCAUUGAAGGCAUAGCUAAUGAAGGCUUAGCAAAAGAGGCGUUGGAGUUAUUGAACGAACUGUGCUGUAGAGGGGUUGUGAAGAAAAGUUCUGCUGAACAGGUGGCAGUCAAGAUGUAGCCUUAUACACAAUUCAUCUUUUGCUCUUGGAUGGUAGGUCAUUGUUAAAUUAUGCCUUUGGAUUUCGUCAGCAACAUUUCCCAUUAUAAUGACUUCCCAGUGUCCAAUUCUUACUCUUUUUCUGCCAUGAGGAGCAGAAUCCAAAAUCAAUUUUGUUAGAUGCCAUAAAACCUUGUCCUCACAUUAUUCUUGUACUACUGAUGAAUACUUGGUUGUCUCUUCAGUAGUGUCCACUAUCUCAGUUUUAUAUAAAUAUUCAUGUUUCCUUCAUUAUGCUAGCUUGCAAUAGUGUGAUAGUUAUCUCUAAUGCUUCCAUAAUACUGGGAUGCUUUUUGUUAUAUUUUUUC